CGCUGUCCUCUCCGCCCCGCCCUUAAUGGUGUUGCCAUUCCAAAGAUUGUCAGCCAUUUCUCAGCGAUUUCCGUACCGUCCAUAAGUACGGCGAACAGAGAAGAAGAGCUGAAAUGGAGGAAGUGGGACGAAGACUGUUGUAGGUGCUGAACCGUGCUUCCGGGGGGAUGGGAAAGAUCUCGUUAGGUUAACGAAGGUGUUUAGCUUUCGUUUUUAAGUCUUGGUGUUUGCGUUGACGCUGUUGGAAGUUGCCACUUUUUGUUGGGAUAAUUAGCGGUAAUUGACGUGAAUGAUGCACUCUGAACGGUAGCUGAUUAUAGCAGUUGAAUGGAAGACCAAUUAAUUAUGUCUGAUUUGAAAUUGAAGUAUCGCAACCGUAAUGUAAACACCUUGGAGAGGUUCGGGGACCACGGCGGUUACUUUGACCUCGUAGUAAAGCCUAUGUUACAGCAGGGCCAUGAAGGAGAGCUCUGCAGUUGGUUAAAGGAAAUGAGUUUGAUGCGCGCAGUUUCUAAUUGUCCCCACCCACAUUGCAAAGGACGUAUUAUGAUAUGGAAUCCAGCUAGGAUAAUCGACAAAUAUAACUGGGGAUGUCCCAAGUGUAACAGAAAAGUUUCUAUAAGAGUGGGAUCAUUUUUUUUGGCUAUAAAAUGUGACUUGAAAUUGUGCCUUCAAACGAUACUAGGAUGGUGCCAGGUCAUCCCUGAGGCAGUUGCUGCCUCUUACCUUAAUCUAAAGAUACAUGUCGUCAAACGUGUUUACGAGAGAUGCGCCCAAGUUGCGAGUAUGUAUGUAGCCAGGCACCCUGAGGAAUGGAGGUUAGGCGGUCAGGAUAGCGUUCUGGUUGUAGACGAAUUCCCCGGUGGCUACAUGGGGCCUGGGAGUGAGAUGGAUGCAACUGUACACAAAAGACGCAACAACAAUUCCCACACUAUACUUUGCAUAGCUGAAACCAGUGGAAUACCACCACGUAUGUGGUUGCAUAUGAUACAGGCUAUGCCUGAGCGCCCCAAUUUGAACGUCAGCAGAUGCGGAAUGGUAGAAGAAGCUCUGAAAGAGAUUGUUUGCCAUGCAGUACCAGGGAGUUUCAUUGUAGCGAAUAGCAGAGCACGAUGUUGCAGUUAUGAAUCACUCCAAGAGCUGGAACAGUACAAGGUCAUAAGUGUCGAAAAUCUCCAAAAGUUCGAUUGCCCAGGCCAUAACAAUCUAUUGAACAAUCUCGAAACUAUAUGGCAAACUGGGGUCGAAGUAUGUGAAGAUGUCCAGGAAGCAACGCAAUCCAUGGGCCAGCACAUUUUGUCGACACAUUUAUGGAGGCAAAGGUUUGGUGCAACAUCUUCGACAGCUUUUCAAUAUAUGCUGCAUCACAUUGCUGAAUGUUAUCGUUUCACAUAAUUGAUUAGUUAUUCGUAUCGGGAUUAUAUCGGGGCAUGACAGGAAUGUAAGACUUUGAUGUGUUUUUUACACAGAGAAAACAAGCCGGUGACUUGUUUAUUAUAACCAAUGUGCCUCUGUUAAUGUUGAACCAUUUGGUAAGUCAUCUACGGUGUUGAAUACCGCUCGGUGAUAACAGUCAUGAUCACGUGUGCGACAAUUAUAACGAGUCGAUUGACCAAUGUUAAAAUUACAUAUUUUAUAAAAGAUUUUUUACAAACUAUUUUUACUAUUGAAAGUUGCAACAAUUUAUCAUGAAAAUAUCGAGAAAUGAAAGUCUUCCAAAACUUUUUUGUUGGAUUCGCACAAGAUGAGACUUUGGCAACAGUGCCUUUUAUAAUAGCGACAAUGAAUCAGUGACGAUGGCAAUAAUAUCGACAUUGAUGCUUAAUAUUAAAAAUAUUAGUAAUAAGGACAAUGAUAAUUCUAAUGAAAAAAACCGCAAAAAAAAUCAUAACAACAACGGUAGUUAUGAGUAAUAAUAAUUUAUAAUAAUAAUAACAAUAAUACCCUGAAUGACAAUAACAAUAACAGUGAUUCAAUUACAAUAGCAUUGAAAGCAAGAUAUCGAGUAGUGGAGAUAGAAACGCUACACCAGUUACUUUUGCUGUUCAUGGAUUUUAUUCAUACAUUUUCAACGAAAUAAAAAAUACAGAUAUUUACUCGUA